AUGGCGCUCCGGUGCCUCUGCCUCGCCGUCCUCUCCCCGAGCCGCAACGCGGCCAUCCCGCAGCUCUUCGGCAUCCCGAUGGAUCGGGCGAUGAAGCACCACAAGAGAAUCGGCAGGCUGUUCUACGCGUUCGUGUGCCUCCACGUCGUCUGCAUGCUCGCGGGCGGCACGGAGAAGGGCCCGGUCACGUGGUCCAAACAGUUCAACCUCAACGAGCACAACCUCUGGCCGGGCGUAGUGGCGUUUGCCGCGUGGACCGGUCAGUACGUCACGUCGCUGCCGUGGUUCCGCAGACACCACUUCGAGCACUUCUACUUCCUCCACCUCAACUUCAUGUUCGUCGGCAACAUGUUCACGAUAUUCCACAACCGCUGGAGGGCAGUCGUCUGGGUCAUUCCUGCGUUUGCCUUCUUCUGGCUCGACUUUGGCGUCCGCUGGUACACUAAGAUGUGCAAGAAGGCGUCCAUCGUCGAGUACGAGAUCGUGGACGAGAAUUUGGUCAAGCUGGUGGUGCGGCGCGAGGGUUUCCCCGGCGCCGCGUUCGAUUUUCACCCCGGCUCCUACAUCUGGCUCUCCGUGGACGUCCCCGCGGACAAACGCUCGGAGUACAUGCGCGACGACAUCAUCGGCCCUCCCGCGUUCCCAGUCAACGUCCCGUCGUGGGUCUGGUUCCACCCCAUCACCGUGUCGUCCUUCGACCCCGAGACGUCCCACCUCACGCUGUUCAUCAAGCGCUUCGCCGGCGCCGACCUCCGCGGCGACGGCCUCGACGAGUGGAGCGGCCAGCUGGUGCACACCAUGAAAGCCGUCCGCGACGCGAAGAUGAAACUCGUGGACGUUCGAGUGCACGUCGGCGGGCCCCACGGUAACCUGCAGGUCGACCCGGCGCUGUGCGAUCACGUCGUUCUAUGCGCGGGCGGCAUCGGCGUCACCCCGAUGGCGGCCAUCCUCGAGGAUCGCGUGCGAGGCGCCAAGUCCGGCGCGAUCAAAUCCGGCUCGAAGACGACGCUUGUGUGGACCACUCGCUCACCCGCCGAGGUCGCCGCGUUCUCCUACCUGUUCGCAGCCAUCGCCGAGCUCGACGAGAAAACCAGGUCUUUAUUCGACGUUCGCAUCCACCUCACCGGCGGCGCGAAAGCUGACCCGGAGACGGCCACGCGUUCAGCCAAUUCAGUCGUCACGAUGGCGACUGGCCGCCCCGACUUUGACGCCGUCGUCGCCGGCUGCGUCGCCGAGGGUAAGGCGAAUAAGGUGGGCGUCUACGUGUGCGGCCCCGAGGCGCUGAGCGACGCCGCGGAGGCAGCGGCGCUUCGUCGCGGGUGCCUCGUGCACCGCGAGACGUUCGAGUUCUGAGCGCCGACGCCGCCUCCGCGACCGCGACCGCGUCGAGACGUUACAAACAAAACACCAACCGAGCAGCUGAUGAGACGAGCCCUCUUGUAACGAAAAGAAUUUGUGAG